UCUUGUAAGCGCAUCCAACAGAUCAUUCUUGUAAGCGCAUCGAUACUUAGGUUAGAGAAGAAGAAAACAACAGUUCCUAUCUAUCUAAACGAAUCAGUUUGCUCCCUUGGUGACAGAGAAAAAGAAGAGCAGCCCUAAACAGCGGACACGGCAAGAGAGAGAUUCGUUUACAGAUGCCUGCCGCCAGACAUGACAUGAAGAGUGAGAGUUUGUUACCGCGGGCUUGGGCUUUGCGACGCCGCCGGCCCCGCUGCAUGGCCAUGGCCAUGGCCAUGAUGAGCCGCUUCAUCGCCAGCGCCCACAUGUCUGCUGCACGGCGGCGAUACCCGGAUGAGGACGAGAAACCGACUCUGUUUCACCCCUCUCUCUCUGUCCGCUCCGGCUCCGGUGUCUACCUAUCUGAACCGGAUCAGGAGUUUAUAUCGCGGAAAGUUCCGGUUCCGUGGACGAGAGCACCGCCCGCCCCUGAAAAGCACGAGGUGCUCCGUGCUCCUGGUGGUGUCCUGCACAGCUGCGCCGUUCCGUCUCCUCCCUCCCUCCUCGAGGCCGACGACGAACCUGCGUCGCGCUUCACGGAACCGGGACAGAGGGGGCGCGCCAUGGGGGCGCUGGCGAUGGAGCGGCUCAUCAUGGCCAUGCGGCGGGUACGGCGGCGGCGCCAGCAAAUCCAGGCCCGUGAUGGAUCCGCUCCCAUGUCGGCGAAGAGAGGAUGUUCGUCCCGGCAACAAGAUGAAGAUUCACAAGGUGGGAAACGGAUGAAAUACUCGGGGCCAGAUCUUCCUGAGGACAUUUGGUGUCAUAUACGCUCCCUGCUGUCAAUGCAAGACGCUGCCCGUGCCGCCUGUGUUUCUCGCUCCUUCCUACACUCCUGGAGGUGCCGUCCCAACCUCACCUUCACCAACGAAACGAUGUGCCCGAAAGAAGAUUUAAAAGCACCGGGAUCGAACGCUACUAUAAUAGACUACAACAACAAAAUCGACCGUGUUCUGAGGAACCGCCCGGGCGAUGCCGCCGUGACGAAACUGAAGCUUGACUACCAUGUUCCUCCUCUUGUUGGUAAACCAUAUCGUCGUCUCGAUAGAUGGCUCCAGAUUGCUGUUACGCCGAGGACCGAAGAACUCGAGCUUCUAGUAUGGUCGAAAGAGGCGAGCUUUGAUUUCCCAUGCACACUACUAUCUGACAGGUGUGGGGGCUCGAUUCAGAAGCUUUUCCUUUUCAGAUGCGCCUUGCGUCCCACAUUUCAACUUGGUUUGAGAAGCCUGAAAACGCUGUAUCUGCGCGAUGUGCGUAUCACGGGGGAGGAGUUAGGAUGCCUUCUGUCCAGUUCCACUGCUUUGGAACACCUGAAGCUUGUAUAUUGUGAUGAUAUAGUUCGCCUGGAGAUACCUUGCCUGCUGCAGCGGCUCAGCUUCCUGGAGGUGUCUGGAUGCACGAAUCUUCAAGUGAUAGAGAACAAAGCUCCAAAACUCUCCAGAUUUUGGUUAGAAGCAGGUGAACAAGUACAAGUCUCAGUUGGAGAGUCGAAAGUGAAGGACGUGCAGUUGAGGCAGGAUUAUGCCAUCAAUUAUGCUAUUGAGAACCUUCCUUCACGUGUGCCGAAUCUUGAGACACUUAACAUACAAUCUUCUCAUGAGAUAGUCAAUUCCUCGCUGGCAUCUAGCAAGUUCCUCCACCUCAAGUUCUUGAGUAUUGUUCUUAUUAGUGGAUCAUAUUUUCACCAGGACUACGAUUUUUUGUCGUUGGUUCAUUUUUUUGAUGCUUCUCCUUCCCUCGAGACGUUUCGCUUGUAUGUAAUCGAGCAUCCCAUGGAUGACUGGUUUGAGGGAGAUCCCUCGUCUCUGAGGCGAAUGCCACAACACUGCCAUGGGAGCCUCAAGAGUGUGAAGAUCAUUGGUUUCUUCCCCCAAAAGAGCAUGAUUGAGCUAACAUGUCAUCUUCUCGAGAAUGCAACGUCACUUGAGUCCCUUACAGUGGAUGCUAGUCCAGCUAAUUACAGGUGUUCUGGCAGUAAACCGGGCAGAAAAUGCAGUCCCCUGACAAGUACAGCUAUAGUGAAGGCACAUAAAUCAGUCUUGGCUGUGAAAAAAUACAUUGAGGGGAAUGUUCCCUCUACAGUCAAGUUAAAUGUUCCGGAGCCUUGCGGACGAUGCCAUCGUUUGAAAGAAUCAGGUGUCAAACCAUUCUAUCUGAUGUUUAAUGAUUAGAUGUUUUAGUUGCCAUGUUACUUUCAAGAGCUGUCCGACGUCUAGGGGUCUGUGAUAUUACAUUCUUGUAAACUUUGUUUACCUGACUGUCCGAUGUACUUAAUAUUGCUGUAUCAGGUGCCAUUAAA